UGCGCCAUGGCGGGCUGCGCGGCGCGGGCUCCGCCGGGCUCCGAGGCGCGCCUCAGCCUCGCCACCUUCCUGCUGGGCGCCUCGGUGCUCGCGCUGCCGCUGCUCACGCGCGCCGGCCUGCAGGGCCGCACCGGGCUGGCGCUCUACGUGGCCGGGCUCAACGCGCUGCUGCUGCUGCUCUACCGGCCGCCGCGCUACCAGAUAGCCAUCCGGGCUUGCUUCCUCGGCUUUGUGUUCGGCUGCGGCGUGCUGCUAAGUUUCAGCCAGUCCUCCUGGAAUCACUUUGGCUGGUACGUGUGUUCCCUGUCGCUGUUCCACUACUCGGAGUACUUGGUGACCGCUGUCAACAACCCCAAGAGCCUGUCCCUGGACUCCUUCCUCCUGAACCACAGCCUGGAGUACACGGUGGCCGCGCUCUCCUCCUGGAUCGAGUUCACCCUGGAGAAUAUCUUCUGGCCAGAGCUGAAGCAGAUCACCUGGGUCAGCGCCACGGGGCUGCUGAUGGUGGUCUUCGGAGAAUGCCUGAGGAAAGCGGCCAUGUUCACCGCCGGCUCCAACUUCAACCACGUGGUGCAGAAUGAAAAGUCGGACACGCACACUCUGGUGACGAGCGGGGUGUACGCCUGGUUCCGGCACCCCUCCUACGUCGGGUGGUUCUACUGGAGCAUCGGGACCCAGGUGAUGCUGUGCAACCCCAUCUGUGGUGUCGUCUACGCCCUGACCGUGUGGCGCUUCUUCCGCGACCGAACAGAAGAAGAGGAGAUCUCCUUAAUCCACUUUUUCGGCGAGGAGUACCUGGAGUAUAAGAAGAGGGUGCCCACGGGGCUGCCUUUCAUACAGGGGGUGAAGGUGGAGCUAUGACGGGCGGGCUCAGGAGGACCGAGGGGCCGCUGCCCGGCCGGCUGCCGUGGACCGGAUUUUCUUAAUCGUUUUAUAUGCCACCAAUUACUCUUCUGGAACAUCCCUCGAGACCAAGAGGUCAGCAGCCUUAGGACCAAAGGACCCCCGGAGCAGCCCGUCCCGUGCCGAGUCCAGGCGGGGCGCAGAUCCGGGUGGGCAGGAGCCGAUCUCAGCAAUAUUCUGCAGCACCGCCUCCGGUGUGGCCCGUGAGGACCUAGGCCCGCGCCGGGCCCGCGCCGGGGCCGGGCCGGGCGGCUGAGUGACAGCCAGGACCGCGGAGGCGGGCUCUCUCCCGGAGCGUGCAUUUACUGCCUUUCCCGUAACCACACACAGCACAGCUUUAACCUCUCCUCUGUCCUUCCGCGCAUGAGCAUCCCGACGGGUUUAAACUCCCUCAUCGGGCGCUUCUGCUCUUCACGUAUUUAGUCGUCUUUACGUAUCUAUCUUUAUGACUGGCAGUGCGAAUCCAGAGGGGCUCCCGGUGGUUCGGCUCCAGCAUUUCUCUGGCAGCCGUAAGCCCCGGCGCCGGGUGUGGUGUUGUGCGACCACAGCGCCUGCCGUCCUGUUCUUGGGGGCGGUGGCUCGAAGCUGGGUCGCCUUUUCCUGUACCCAAGGAGAGCUUGCCGAACGCCUGCUCUAUGCAGGACACCGGGAAGUGCUGGGAGAUACUGCCCUCCAUUUUUUAUUUUGGAUUUUAUUCUCAACCAUUACUUAACAUAUUUUGUGUCUCGGUGUAAAAUCAGUUAACUAUUUUCGACAUUCUGUCUCAGAAUCGCAUCGUCCGUAACGCCAUUUCAGACUGUCUUUUCCAAAGGGGGCGGAGCCUGCACAGCUACAGACUGAAGCAGCUGACUGACGGCUUCGGUCCACAGAGCAGGUGAUGGCGGCAGCUGGGGUCCACUCGGUGCCGCGGGCGGGGCGGGGCGGGUGGUCGGCUUCAUCUGGUUCUUUCUGGACUGGGCAGGAGCCUGGUCUCCCCGGGAGAUCCUCCCGAGUGCUGCCUGGCCACGUGCCACACGGCUAGUGCGGGGCCACCAAGCUCUCCCUGCUCAGACCCCAUCUGUAGAGUGGGGUCGGCACCACCUACCUCACAGGGUGUGGUGAGGACCGGGCGGACAACGUCAGUGACAUCUGCGCUGUGUGAGUUACCUGUGCCAGAUACCUAAGCUGUGUGUUCAAGAGCGCGUGUUACCAACUUGGAAAUAUCACUUAUUUCUAGA